AUGAAUCAAAAUCAAAAUCAAGGGAUACCAAUACAAUCAAGAGGUGAGGUCUUAUUUAGAGAUCAACAAUUUUUUCAAAAACAAAUUGAUUCAAAGAUUAUGCAACUAUUAGAAAAUUACCACAAUAUAAUAAAAAUAGCAAAAAUAAAUGAUCCAUUAAAAAACUCAAGUGAGGUGUAUGAAAUGGAAACUAGAACUACAAAUAUGUUAAAUGCAGGUGAAGGUUUAUUAAAGAUUGUAGAAGAGUUAAAACAAAAUUCAAUUUUAAAUGAUUUCUCAACAAUGGCAGAAGAGGUUAGACUACAAAAUUUAGUUUAUCAUAAAGAAAAUGAAAGAACAAAUAAAUCAAUCAAAUUAAUUUCAGAAGAGUUAUCCAAGUCAUUAAAAGAAUUAGAGGAUGAAUAUUAUAACUCUAGUUAUAAAAUACCACCAAUUCAUAGCAAUAAAUAA